AUGCCUGCUGAAUCGUCUUCUAGCGAGGACAACUUGAUUCAGUGCUAUAAUAAAGGCUGCGGGCAGAAGUUCGACCCGAACGACAAUAACCCAGACUCAUGUUUAUAUCACCCCGGUCCGCCGUACUUCCACGAUGCUUACAAGAUAUGGAACUGCUGCAAUAAAAAAAGCACUGACUUCGGUACCUGGCUCAACUUUCCGGGAUGUACUCGUGGGAAGCAUAAUGGGGAAAAACCUGCUGACAUAGUGAAAGUGGCCGCUGUGAAGGAGAUACGGCCAGAAAAGGAAGAAGAUGUCAUCGUGUGGAAAGGAUUGAACAAACCAGCUGAACGUAAGGCGGAAGAAGAAAGGAAGGAAGUAGCUCUGAAGAUGGAUGUUACUCCUGGCGCCCAAGCGGCUUUGCAACGCUAUCGCGAACAACAAGGAAACAAUCCAACCAGUAAUGAAUUACGAAUUGGAGCACCGUGCAGGAACAACGCGUGCGAUAAGUCAUAUUCGGGUCCGGAGUCAGACGCAACACCAUGUAUUCACCAUCCUGGUCAGGCAAUAUUCCAUGAAGGCAUGAAGUAUUGGUCUUGUUGUGAGAAGAAGACUUCUAACUUCAACGCUUUCUUAGCGCAAGGUGGCUGUCAGAGAGGAAAGCAUCAGUGGAGCGCAAAUGAAAAAGUCGAGAACAUACGAGAUGAUUGGUUUUCUAGUAACGGAACGAUCACAAUUAAUGUGUAUUGCAAAGGUGCGGUUCCUGAUGACGUCCGAGUAACCAGCGAUGGGCAGAUGUUGCGCCUCCAUGUUGUCCAUGGUUUUGGGAAGAAAGAAACGGAUCUUAUCUAUGAUCUCUGGGGUGAAAUUAUAUGUAGUGAAAGUCGUGUUGUAGUAGGAGAAAGGAAGGUGGAAAUUAUUAUGAAGCAGAAGGAUGUUGCUGGUUGGCCUCGGUUGCGUUACGACCCUGCUUUAGAUGGAAGGGAGAAUGUGGAAGAAGUUGUGGCAGAAUGA